AGCUGCUUGUGGCUUGGAGCUUUUCCUGUUGCGCCCUUGGCUUCUGGCUACUGAAUCUCAGCCGGCUGCUGAUCCUGGCACUCUGCGCAACUUUGGGAGAUGGAGCAAUCGGUCGGUGACAACAUGGCAGCUCCUGCAUGGUUUCAUUGUCCUUCCUGCGACCGGAUGAUUACUGGCUUGGUACAAAGAGGACAUCCACAUCCAGGCAAGCACCAUGUCUAUUCUUACACGCACUGCUGCCAACCCUGCGAGCAAGGGCAAAGCACUCACGCAGAGUCGUGGGCAUGCGCUGGAGUGCCCUCGGCAUUGUUUCGAAGUGUGAAACUUAACUCCGGUUUGCAACACUACUUGUUGCACGACCCUGGCGGGGAUUCUCUACCAGUGGUGCUCUUCUUGCAUGGCGCCAACACUUAUAUCUAUCCUGAGACACUUUGGUGGGAUGUGGAAAAACUGGUGGAGAAGAAUGAGAUUGUUCGCGAUGGCUUUAUUGUCAUAGCUCCAUUUGGCUCAAUGGGUGAGCCGGUGGUGCAAGCUUCUUCUUGGGCAAAGAAAGAUCGCUUCUAUAAUGAGGUUCCAUAUGUGAAGUGCUUCGACUUGGACAUUCUGUGGAGUUUUUUCGUAAGUGCAUUGACUGCCCUCGGCGGAAAGCGGGUUGAUCCUGCACGACUUCAUGUUACUGGCUAUUCUAUGGGAGGGCAAGCAGCAUGGGGACUUGCAAGUCGUUUUGGGUCGCACCUGGCUUCUGUGGCGCCUAUGGCUGCCCGCUGUGCAUGGGAGGAUGGUGCGUGGGAUCACCAGGUGGAGAUCUUGUGCCAGAUGCAGAGGCUUCCACUGUGGUCCUAUGCUGGGAAGGCCUUGUUCUUUGCUCCUCCGUCAAGUAGCGCUUCUGUUUCACGACAGGGAUCAGAGAACAGUACACCAAUUGCAUUUAGGAAGACUCCCGUGCAGUUUCAUGGCGAGACCUGUGGUGGUUGGCAGACCAACGCGGCCAUUCGACGACAGCAUCUGAGCAUGAAAUCUGCGUGGAUGAAAAAGGCAUUGAAGCGACAGUGCAUGCCUGGAGUCCAAAUCUUUCCCUAACUUUGCUUCAAGGAACCCCAACUAGCCACUGCAUUUGGGACGCCGUGCUUCACCAUGAGGCAGCCUUUGGGCUGUUUCACCAGAUGCUAUCGUCAAAAUGCUUCUCUCCACUGUCAGUUGAGGCUAGUGAAGACUUGCCACUCACACACAAGAGAAAACACUCGCGAAGUUUGGAGGCAAUCUUGGAAUUGAAAAUCGGAUGAGUGCAUAACUUUACCCCUUUGUGCAUUUGUCACAAUCCAGAGAUGCUUUCCCACGUGAAUCACCUGCCCUUGUCAAGCACUCAAGGAAGACUUCUUCACUCGC